UUAACCAUCGAUCAAGCUGAGCUAGCUUCAUCACUGUAGUAUAUAUACCCAGUUAAUUACUGAUAUCACCCAAUGGCUUCUCGGCAAGCAGUGGUGCUCUUGGCUGCGGCGGCCAUCGCCGUCUCCUUUUUCUCGGCGCCAGCCUCCGCCGAGGUCUUCAUGGUCGGCGGCGACCCCGGGUGGACCCUCCCGUACCCCGCGGACUGGACCGAAGGCAAGACCUUCGCCGUCGGCGACAGCCUAAUGUUCAUGUACUCGCCCGGGAAGCACACGGUGGUGGAGCUGGGCGGGCCGGCGUUCAGGGCGUGCAACGUGACGGACAGCAACUCGCUCGGCUCCUGGACCACCGGCAGCGACACGGUGGCGCUCGACAAGCCCGGCAAGAGGUGGUUCGUCUGCGGCGUGCAGGACCACUGCGCCAAGGGGAUGAAGCUCGUCGUCAACGUCGGCGCGCCGGGCCCCGACGCGCCGCCAAAGUCCUCGGCCUCUUUCGUCGCCGGGGCCGUCUCGGCAGCGGCUGCGGGCGUCGUGGCCGCGGCCGCGCUAAUGUUCUGAUCAGUACUCACCGUCGAUGGAUCAUGGAUAUAAUCGCCGGUGUGCGUGCAUUCUAAGAGUGUCUUUCCUUUUCUUUUUCUUUGCUUCGAUGGAUUUUUAUCAUGUACUAUGUUGUCGAUCAGUCGUGUUUGAGCUCUAGCUACCAAAGGUGGAGUGGAAGGUCCUCUGUCGAAAAGUAUGUACGGCAGGUCGGGCUAUUGAAUCCCAAUCUAUAUAUUAGUGGUGUUAUUAAUAAUUU